AAAACUUUCUUUCUCUACUUUUCUCAGGAAAAAAGUGCAAUUCCAUCUUCAUUGGACAAUGGCAAGGCCUGGUAACAAGAUCAUUCAACCCAAGCUGGUGCUUCUAGGAGACAUGGGAACCGGCAAAACCAGCUUGGUAUUAAGAUUUGUAAAAGGCCAGUUUUUGGAUCACCAGGAACCAACAAUUGGAGCAGCCUUUUUCACUCAGGUUUUAUCAUUAAGUGAAGCGACUGUAAAGUUUGACAUUUGGGAUACAGCAGGACAAGAAAGAUACCACAGCUUAGCUCCCAUGUAUUAUCGAGGUGCCACAGCAGCCGUCAUCGUUUACGACAUCUCGAGCUUGGAUACCUUUGCAAGAGCAAAGAAAUGGGUUCAAGAACUGAAAAAACAAGGAAAUCCAAAUUUAGUGAUGGCUCUGGUGGGAAACAAGUCGGACUUGGACUCAAAGAGGGAGGUUCAAGUUCAGGAUGCAGAAGAAUUUGCACAAGAGAAUGGGAUGUUUUUCAUGGAAACAUCUGCAAAAACUGCACAUAAUGUCAAUGAGCUCUUUUAUGAAAUAGCAAAGAAGUUGGCCGGAGCUUGUUCUUCCAAGUCAUCAGGGGUAAAUCUAAACAAUGAAACACAGGAAAGGAGAGGAAAGCUAUUUUUGUUGCAUAGGCUGAAAGUGAAACGACAUCGAGAUUUCCGAUCUUUACUUCCAGAUAACUGAUUCUGAGUUACUUCAAUAACUAAAUA